AUGCCACAGGAGCUGGAGGACGCAGUAAUAAUGUCAAAUAAGGAGGUGAAGGCAGCAUUGAAAAGUGCCAGAGAUGCAAUAAGAAAUAAAGAAUACAAAGAAGCCUUAAAACAUUGCAAGGCAGUGCUGAAACAAGAGAAAAAUAACUACAAUGCCUGGGUGUUUAUUGGCCUGGCAGCUGCAGAGUUAGAGCAGCCUGAUCAGGCCCAAAGUGCAUACAAAAAGGCUGCUGAACUUGAACCAGGCCAGCUACUGGCAUGGCAGGGAUUAGCAAAUUUGUAUGAGAAAUCUAACCAAACAGAUGUCAAAGAAAACUUGUUCAAUGUUUACCAAAAGCUCUUGGAACUCUAUGAAAGUACUGACAAGCAGAAGUGGUGUGACGUAUGUAGGAAACUUGUGGAACUGUAUCACCAAGAAAAAAAAUACCUAGAGGUGGCUCACACAUGGCAUAAACUGAUAAAGAUAAAACAGGAGGAAGGUGCAGAUAAUGCUGAGCUCCACCAGCUAUGGAAGAGGCUGAUCCAAUUACUGCCAGACAGUACACAGAAUCAAGAUAAUGAGACACAGCAGUUGCUUUUGACUGCAUUUGAACAUGCAGUGAACUCUGCAGACACAGUUCCCAGUGAAGACCAUGAAAAGCUUUAUAAAAACUUCAUUCAGUGUUUGUCAAAAUUUCCUCAUGAGACUGCUAGGCUGAAGAAGGCCUGUGAUGAUAUGAUGGUUUUGUAUCCUACCAUGAGUUAUCCUUUAGAAGUGCUCUGCUUGCACUUUAUUCAGUCAGGCAGUUUCACUGAAGAGGCCCUGCGUUGUUGUUGCAGGCUUAUGGAGAUGGACUCAAGUAGCAGCCUGGGCCUUAUUGGUUUAGGUAUCAAAUUCCUCCAAGAAAAAAAAUAUGAAGAAGCUGUCAAGAGCCUAACUGAAGGUUUGCAGCAGACCAGCCAAUGUCAAGCAGCAUGGUAUUAUCUGGCAGAGGCGCAAAUGAAAAUGCAUAAACAUAAAGAAGCUGUUAUUUCCUGCAAUCGAGCUCUUAAGAUAUCAGGACAAUUUGAUGAUGAUAGUGGCAAUCUACAGCAGAAAUACAUUGCCCUUCAUUUGAAAGCAGAGGCUCUUAUUAAAAUAGCAGGUGCUGACGCUGCAGAAGAAGCCAUUAGCACUCUUGAGCAGGUUUCAGAUAUAAAUAAUGACCCAGUGCUUCUAGCUCUCAAAGGUCAGGCUUAUCUGAACAAAGGUUUGAUUGAUCAAGCUUCAAAGGUUGCACAACAGCUCGUGUUGUCCCACCCUCACCUGGCAGAAGCCCAUGCUCUUGAGGGUUUGAUUCAUUAUACCCAAAAGAAUUAUCAACAGGCAGAGAGAAGCUUUCAAAGAGCGAUUGAAAGAAAAGCUGAAAUUGCAGAGUACCAUCACUACCUAGGACUCACUUACUGGUUCAUGGGUGAAGAAAUAAGGAAAGAUAAAACAAAAGCUCUCACUCAGUUUCUGAAGGCUGCAAAAUUGGACAGCUACAUGGGAAGCGUCUUCUGCUAUUUAGGUCAUUACUACAGAGAUGUAGCUGGAGACAAAAGCAGAGCUCGUGGCUGCUAUAAAAAGGCUUUUGAACUAGAUAGAACUGAUGGAGAAGCUGGAGCAGCAGCUGUAGACUUAAGUGUGGAACUUGGAGACACGGAGACUGCUCUGGCAAUCUUGACUGCAGUAACUGAAAGAGCAAGUGCCGGUACAGCAAAGUGGGCCUGGCUUCGUCGUGGACUUUACUACCUGAGAGCCAGUCAGCACUCCCAAGCAGUGGCUGACUUGCAGGCAGCUCUAAGGGCAGAUCCAAAGGACUCCAACUGUUGGGAGUCUCUAGGAGAGGCAUACCUGAGCAGAGGUGGAUAUACAACAGCACUGAAGUCCUUUACAAAGGCCAGUGAGCUGAAUCCUGAAUCGAUAUACAGUAUUUACAAGGCUGCAUCAAUUGAGCAGAUUCUAGGAAAAUAUAAAGACGCUAUAGCUGAAUACCAACAAAUCUUAAAGAAGUCAAAAGAAUAUGUACCUGCUCUCAAAGGUCUGGGUGAGUGCUAUCUCAUGAUGGCACGGGCUGCUCUUGCAGACUAUCUUGAUGGGAAAGUUCUAGAUUAUGUAGAACAAGCACUUGAAUAUUUUACACGAGCAACAAAGCAUCGUCCUGACGUUUCUUGCCUUUGGAAACUACUUGGGGAUGCAUGUACUAUCGUGCAUGUCAUUUCAUCAUCCAAAGUGAAUGUUAAAGUUCUGGGAUCCCUUCUUGGUCAGAAUGAAGGCAAACAAAUGCUGAAGAAAAGUGAGCUCCUCAGUUUGGGAGGAAGGUGUUAUGGCAGAGCAUUAAAACUGAUGUCCUCACCUAACACAUGGUGUGAUCUUGGAAUAAACUACUAUCGUCAAGCACAGCACCUAACAGCAGCCGAUAGUGACACGAAUGAAAUCAGUGAACUGUUAGAGAAAUCUUUACAGUGUCUCAAAAAAGCCGUGAGGCUUGAUAGUAAAAACCAUCUCUAUUGGAAUGCACUUGGUGUGGUUGCCUGUUGCAGUGGUGUUGGGAAUUAUGCUCUUGCUCAACAUUCAUUCAUCAAGUCUGUUCAAGCUGAACAAAUAAAUGUUGUUGCCUGGACCAACUUGGGGGUUUUGUACUUAGCAACUGAAAACAUUCAGCAAGCUCAUGAAGCCUUCAAGGUAGCUCAGUCCCUUGAGCCAUCUUACUUAAUGUGCUGGAUUGGACAGGCUCUUAUUGCAGAGGCAGUGGGCAGCUAUGAAACUAUGGAUCUCUUUAGGCACACCACUGAACUCAGUAUGCAUACCGAGGGAGCAAAAGGCUAUGCUCAUUGGGUAUGCUCAACGCUGCAAGAUAAAACCAACAGAGAAACAGAGCUGUAUCGGUACAACAUUGUUCAAAUGAAUGCUAUUCCAGCAGCGCAUGUGGUUUUAAGCAAAUACACAGAAAGAAUUCAAAAUGAUGCAUCUGCUUUCACGAUGCUGGGUUAUUUGAAUGAAUAUCUGCAACUGAAAAAGCAGGCAACAGAUGCUUAUCAAAGGGCGGUCUCAUUGCUGAAGAACUCUGAAGAUAAAGAAAAGUAUAACAUAUCAAUGCAAAAUUAUGGUAGAUCACUCUGUGCCAUAGGUCAAUAUGACAAGGCCAUCCAGGCUUACAUGUCCACUCCUCUCACAGCGUUAGAUGGCAUCGUAGGAGUUGCACUAGCUUACUUCAAGAAAGGGCUUUUACAAGACAGCAUUAAAGCUUAUGAGAGAGCCCUAUCUCUUGCCAAAUCUGAACAAGACAAAGCCCAUAUCUUGACAGCCCUUGCAAUAAUGGAGUACAAACAGAAUAAAGUGGAUGCUGCAAAGACGUUGCUGUUUAAAUGCUCUAUAUUAAAGGAACCUACUAUAGAAAGCCUGCAGGCUCUGUGCACUCUAGGUCUGGCAAAGCAGGAUGCUACACUUGCAACAGCAGCACUUAAAGAAUUACUGAAGCACACAAAAAGCAAGGAUAACGUUUAUGAGAGAUGCCUUAUUACAUCUGCUGUGUAUGCGCUGCAAGGUAGAAAUGUGGGAGCGCAGAGGCAAGCUUCCAAAGCUGUCCAUAGUAACCCAGAUGAUCCUGCCCUUUGGGCUCUUCUGUCUCAACUUGUUCCUCUGUAUACGCCACAAAAUGCAAAGGGUGGAGCUGUGGCAGGAAAUGUUGCUCAUAUACUUGAUUUAAACCAUGGAAAGAAAGCCCUGCUGCAUACUGCAGUUAAUCAGUUGGCAGUGGGAUGUCAUUCAGCUGAAGAUGAGAAAAACAAUGCACUGAAAGAUAUCCAAAAGGCAGUCCAUCUUUUUCCAGAUGAUCCUGCUACAUGGGCAGUGCUAAUGGGUGCCUGCCAUGCUGAAAAUACUGUUGUCUAUUUGAGCAACACACAGCCUAAGAGAAGAGACCUAGAAAUGACACUUGUAGCCACAGUUUCAGCCAAAACUAAAGAAAAGGACCUUUCAGCUGAGUACAUCCAGGCUCUUGAAGACUGGUCUCUUUGUCAGGCUAUUACUGGUUUAAAAGAGACUGGUAGAAUUACAGAAGCUGAGGCUCUCUGCACAAAGGGUUUAAAAAGUUGCCCCAAUCACCCAGAUCUGUUUCUGCUCUUGAGACAAGUUCAGUGUAAACAGCUUUUUCAGUCACACAGAGAGCUUCCAGAUGCCAUUUUGGAGGAACUUCAUAAAACUGUCAUGUCCAACUCCACUUCAGUAACAGCAUGGCAUUGGCUCGCAAAAGUGUACCAGUCUCAAAGAAUGAUGGUCGCAGCAGAGAUGUGUUACAGAAAGAGUCUACAGUUGGCAUCCCAACAGGGCAGUUGGAACGGGAAGUUAUCAAGUUUGCUCAGGCUAGCUAUGCUUGCACUGGAAAUCUGCAUGGCUAACAUUUCAAAUGAUCAUUGGCCAUCCUUGGUUCAGGAGGCAACAACUGAAGCCUUGAAACUUUCCUUCUGCCCACUGGCUGUUCUUCUGCAAGCGCUGUUACAGUACAAUCGCAAAAUGGGGGCGAGGGAGACUCGUCGAAUGUUGGAAAGAGUGGUGUAUCAGCCUGGAUAUCCAGAAACCAUAGUAUCAGUUGCACGCUGGUACCUCCUAAGACAUUUAUAUGCCAAAGAUGAUUACGAAUUAAUAGAUGCACUUGUAGCGAAUGCCAAAGCUAAUGGAGAUACUAGAUCUCUGGAACUAGACAAGAAAUUAUCAGCAUCUGCCUAGCAUGGACUUCUUUCACUGGGCCACCAGAAGGAAAUAAAAAGGAAAUUCAUGAAA